GCAGCCAAAACAACAAACGACAGAGAUUUGAUUCGUCUUUUAAAAAAAAACAUUUUCUGAGUUGUGUUUCGAUUCCAACAACAAGAAAACAACAACAUCGUACUAGUGUACUGUGAAAACAAUGGUGAAGACCAACGUGGAACAACAACCUGCGGCGGAACGAAGUGAUUCGGUUUACCGAGGAGUGAGGAAGAGGAAAUGGGGGAAAUAUGUGUCGGAGAUCAGACUACCGAACAGCCGUCAGAGGAUAUGGUUGGGUUCUUAUGACUCUGCUGAGAAGGCGGCGCGUGCUUUCGACGCGGCUAUGUUUUGCUUACGUGGCAGUGGUGCUAGGUUUAAUUUUCCGGGUAAUAUUCCGGAGAUUGCUGGAGGAAGGUCUAUGACUCCAUCUCAGAUUCAGGCCGCGGCAGCCCGUUUUGCAAAUUCGGGUAUUCAUGAUAAGGAUCCGGGUCGACCCGAUAAUAACGUGGUCGAGGUCGAGUCUUCUUCGUCGGAGGGUGCCGCAUUGUUGUUGCCUAUGGAAUCACAGUCUCCGGCGUUAUCUGAUUUGACGUUUCAGACGGAUUGUGAUUCUAAGCAAAACGGGUUGUUUUUGGAUUUGUUUGCGGUAAGCGGGUCGGAUAAUGUUGAACCCGAUUUCUCGGUUUUUCCUAGUUUUGAUGAUUUUGGAGGGGAUUUUUAUGUCCCGGAGCUGCCAAAUUAUGAUUAUGGAGAAGAGAAUUUGGAUGGAUUAAUAAUUAACGAUACUUUUUUAUGGAGUUUCUAAGAAUUUAAGGAUAGGUAUAGGGUCGGGUCGGGUUGUGGAUAGUUUUAUUAUAUCCAAAAAAAGGCUAAUUCCGGGUGAACAAUUCGGGUUUGGGUUGGUCAAUUUUUUAUAGGAUCAAUCCUUAAGAUAAUUUAGUACCAGUAAUAAUUUUUUACAGAGUGAUUUGUAAGGUUUUAAUUUUGUGGAUAUGAUUCAUGAAUCACUUGUAAAGUUUUAAGAUUAUAUAUAUAAUAUAUAUAUUUCUUUUUUGUCA